AUGCGAUCCCUCGUCUUCCUCACGAGUCUUUUGUUCUGCCGCGUUAGCAGCGCACAUUCCCUAUCAAGCAUGCCUCUAGAUGCACUGCUUACAUGCCAGAAUGGAUAUGCUCCCUCACUUACAUGCGCCGAACCGGUGCCAGUCGAUGACGAGUGCACGUGUACGUGUCGCGAUGGGGCAGUGUACAACCAAACCCGUCCUGAUCUCUUGGGCUCAGUUCCUACAACUCCCGGUACGGCAAGUGGAAGUCAGAUCGUUGGUACACCAUGUACUGAGGAAAUUAUCCAACCCUGGACAAAACUUGUGUUGCCUCACAAGAAAUACACGUUGGAGCCUACAGAGAUCGUCUCCGGCGUUGUCGACAUCCCUGAGGAUAGUGUUUUCUUGGUAGCUGAUUCCCAGCAGAGAUGUCAGCACUUUGAGGUGUAUAUCGACGACCAACUUGCAGGAGAGACAUUUGGAGAUGGCCCGCUUGAUAACAGCUGGUGCGGGGAAGUUGGAGAGGAAUGUAUGGAGAAACAUGGUGGAAGCCAUGGCUAUUUCAAGCUUUCUAAAGGGCAACACAAGAUUGGUCUUCGAUGGGUCAAGGUCACAGACGCUUGCAAGCAUUGGAGUGAAGGAGUUGGAGCCUUCCAGAUCUACAAGCCCUGUGUGAAGCCUUCGAUUGCAUGCGUUGAUCCAGCGACAGCCCAUGACACCUGCUCUUGUACUUGCACCAACGGCAUCAAGUUUGAUCAACCUCUCGAUCCGUUCUCCUCUACCGCCAACGGCAGCAGCAGCCCAGGUCUCGAAAACAACUCCGCAUGCCAGGCCGACAAAGACCUUUUGAUGAACCAAAUCAAAGAUCUCACAGAAGACCAGCAGAAGCAACUCAAUCGCCAACAAGCUUUGCUUGACCAGAUUAGUACCUACCAGAACACCUACAAUUACCAGGGUUGCUUCACCGACGCCAUCCCCCAUGUGCUGAAUGCUAUUACGGAAUGGACCGAUAAUGGUAUGACGGUAGAGAAAUGCCAGACUAAAUGCCAGGCAUACAAGCACUUUGGUAUAAACAAUGGCAAACAUUGUAUGUGUGGGGACAAGUUCGCAAACCCAACGAAACAGGUCGAUGAGUCUGAGUGUAAGGUUCCUUGCGCAGGUGACAAGCAGGUGAAGUGUGGAGCACCUUACAGGUUGUCGAUCUAUUCGAAGCCAGUUAAGAACAGUAGUUUUGUUCAAGAAAUUUCGAUCAUGCGUCUUUUGCGAUUGGAUCUCGAAAAAUCCAAAUGGGUUCUCGAAAACUUUCCGGGACCAUUAAUUCCCUUCUACGCUAUACUUUCACAUACCUGGGGCCGCGACGAAGAUGAGGUGAAGUUCGAAGACAUUCAAGAUGGACUACGAGACAAAGACGAUACUAGCAAGCCGGGUUACGAAAAGCUCCGCUUUUGUCAGGAGAAAGUGGAGAAGGACGGUCUAGUCUACUUCUGGAUAGACACUUGCUGCAUCAAGAAGUCGGACAGCUCCGAAUUGCAACGAUCGCUAGCAUCUAUGUUUUACUGGUAUCAGAGGGCUGCCAGAUGCUACGUGUAUCUUUCCGAUGUAUCCAUCCACGAAUCCACCGAAGAUCCUGAAUCCAAAUGGGAACGUGCAUUCUCAAAGAGCAGAUGGUUCAAGCGUGGCUGGACGCUUCAAGAACUGAUCGCGCCGAGUUCCGUCUUCUUUUUUUCGAAAGAAAAACGCUUUCUAGGCGAUAAGAAAGGACUAGCAUCUACGAUCAGUACCGUUACUCGUAUUCCCGGUCCAGCUCUCGAAGGCGUGGAACUCUCGCGCUUUAGCCAGAACGAGCGGAUGUCUUGGACACAGGACCGCGUUACAACAGUUCCAGAAGAUGCUGCUUAUUGUUUGAUCGGUAUCUUCGAUGUGGAGCUAAACACGUUGUACGCAGAGGGCGACUACGACAAGAGGAAGAAUGCUGCGAUGAGAAGGCUUCGAAAAGCUAUUGAGGGGGAGAUCACCGAACCCAGCUCACCACAAGACGUCAUACAGGUUGGUGGCGCAUCUUGGAUUGACCUGAUAGCAUUGAACGAGGACCAACUGCGCCAAUUGGAUCUCGACCUUCAAGAGUAUCAGGAGUGGCUGCUUUUCGAGUUUCCAAAGCAGCACAAUGAUGGGUUGGCAAGCCUUACCGAUCUUUCGCAGAACGCAGGCAAACGAAUGAAGGCGUUACUGGCAAAGCAAGGGGUUGAUUAUCAAGAUUUGUCAGAUCUUGGAGCUGACGUGAACUCUUGGAAAAAACCGUGGGCUCUUUACAAUGAUGAGAGUGCUACCGCUGAAGCUCGAGUGCAGGCGCUGGUGCAGAAUCGGUGGUACUGGACAAAAAGAAAUGAAGACGUCUUCACGGGCAUUACUGCAGUUAUAACGUUUGGAAAAUUGAUGGUUUGGAGAGGCACAUGGAAGAAUUACCCUCGUCAAUAUUAG